AUGCCAAAACGGGAACGUCGAUCUCAAAUAUCAAAAUUAGAUACAGCAUCUCUUCCCGAUGCACAUGAUGGCCAUAUCUCUCGCUAUCCAGAAUUUAACACCGUGGAUACGUCCUCGGUUGAUCCAAUUCUUCUCAUCUUGACUAAAGAACAACUAAAGACUCUCGCGAAGUUUGCCGGUACUCCUCAGGAUGAUAUUCUUCAAUGGUUGAUUCGCGUCGACGAAAUCUUCGAUUCCAUCCAACUCCCUGACUCCGCGAAAUUCAUCGCUAUUCAGUCUUAUCUUAUUGUUGCUGCACUGAAGUGGUUUCGAUUUAACAAAUCUCAAAUCACUGAUUGA